AUGACACUUAAUAUUAUCCUAAUCCCAGGGCGUCGAAAUUUACUCGCCGUAUAUGGUCAUCUGUAUACCUUCUAUAUACGGCGAUCAAAUUUCAAUGUUUUGGCAAAGUUUCAGCUCAAUACAAAGAUCAAAAAUGAGUUCGUUAACUCGACAUAUAUGGAAAUGUUUUGUGUACCCAUUUAUAUCACACAGCAAAGAAGAACAAAUAUAGGAAAUGUUUUCAACAUUUCUGGAAACGAGUUAAAUCAUUUCUACCCUGUCCACGAGGAACAAAUAACAGAAAUUGCCAACUACAAAGCUCUAGUUAUAGCAAAAUUUGGAAAUAACAGUAUUACGUACGGCUUUUAUAACAGCUACUGCGUGUAA